ACUAUACGUCUUUAUAGUGUAGUCCCACAUUAAGUUCAUAGCAAACUCAAAAAAAAACUUUCAUUUGUUUCACAACAAAGAGGAAACAAAGAAAAUAUGGAAAACAACAACAACUCAAACUCAAACUCAAAUCAUGAGAAGCAAAAACUUCAUGCAAUACUAGUAGUUCUUCCUCAACAAGGGCAUGUAAUCCCAUUUGUACAUCUAGCAAUCAAGCUAGCAUCCAAAGGCUUCUCCAUCACAUUCAUCAAUACUGACCACAUUCACCAUAAGAUCACUCUAUCAAACGCCACCGUCUUAGAAGACGGUGGCGAUAUAUUUGUCGAGGCCCGAAAGAAGUAUUCGGGCCUCGACAUUGAGUACGUGACAAUAACCGACGGGUUACCCUUAGAGUUUGAUCGAUCAUUGUACCAUGAUCAGUGGAGAGGUGCCACUACGUAUUGUUUCCCAGCUCAUUUAGAGUUGGCUGUAAGUAAGAUCGUAAGAUCUCGACCAUUGGUUCCUUGUUGCUUGGUUGCUGAUAGUUACUUUGUUUGGGCGUCAAAGUUGGCUAGCAAGUUUGGUUUGUUUCAUGUGUCGUUUUGGACUGAGAAUGCAAUGGUGCUUGAUAUCUACUUUCAUCGUCAUUUGCUCAAGGAAAAUGGCCAUAUUGGUCCAGGAUCAAGUGUGCGCAAGGGUAGCAUAGACUACAUUCCAGGAAUAAAGUCACUUAAUCGAACAGAUUUGACAUCAUAUCUUCAAGAAGAAGAUUUAACAGCCUUUCAUCCUCAGUACAACUUUCAAGCGUUGGACGAUACUAGACGAGCUCAUUUUAUACUCGGUAAUACGGUACAAGAACUCGAGGCUGACACCAUCACAGCAGUAGAAGCUCAUGUCCCAUUCUACGCUAUUGGGCCUCUAUUUCCACCCGGCUUCACUAAAAUGCCGGUGGCGACUAGCCUAUGGGCCGAGUUUGAUUGCACCCUUUGGUUAGACUCCAAACCUCCUAGCUCGGUUUUGUACGUGUCUUUUGGUAGUUAUGCACAUAUUAGUAAGGAAGAGCUUGAGGAGAUAGCAAAUGGAAUCAAGCUUAGUGGGGUUAACUUCCUAUGGGUUAUUCGGCCUGAUAUGGUGAGCUCUGAUGAUCCGGAUCCACUUCCGGAUGGUUUUAGAGAUGAGGUUCGUGAUCGAGGAAUGAUUGUACCGUGGACUUGUCAAAAAGCCGUGUUAUCUCAUCGUGCAAUAAGAGGAUUUUUAACACAUUGUGGUUGGAAUUCUACGUUAGAAAGUAUAUGGUGUGAAGUUCCAUUAUUGUGCUUUCCUUUAUUGACCGAUCAGUUUACUAAUCGCAAACUAAUUGUGGAUGAUUGGAAGGUUGGGUGCAACCUUUGUGAAGUGAAGCCCGUCAAGAAGGAGGAGGUAAUGCGAAAAAUAAAGGAUUUAAUAAGUGGAACUAUAGGGUGUGAGCUCCAUAAAAGAAUCAAGGGAAUCAAGCAAAUGUUACAUGAUGCAGUAACGAUAGAAGGGUCUUCAGAAGAAAAUGUUGAUAGAUUCAUUAAGGAACUAAAAAUAGCUAUUCAGAAGAAAUAGGGAUUGAUGACUUGGUGUUGUUUGCUAUUCAAAUGGAAACCUUCUUAGAUUUCAUUUUCUUUUUGCUAUAUUGUAUAAGUGUUUGGCUGUUUUAAAGAUUUGGCCAAAAACAAAAAUGGAUCCAAAAUAACCUGACCAAUUACAUUCCUUUUCGAAAGGUCUGAAUAAAGUACGUACUUGAGUCCUA